AUGCUACCAGAGCACGAAAUCGGAAGCGACUCGGAAUCGGACACCGAUUCGCAAAAAAACAUGGAUGUGGAAACGCAAAAUCAAGUAGAAGAGCAGCCGAAAGUAAAGAAAGAGCCUACAGAACAUCGUCAGACACGCACGGGAGGAGGAGAGCGUGGAAGUUCAGCUGAAGCAGCUCUGAUGCACCCACAACAAGGAAGAGACAAUCCCUCACGCCACAACUUCGUACACCGCCAACCACGCCGGCGCCUUUACUUUCGCUAA